AUGCCCAUGAUCCGCCCGACUGCUCUCCGGAGCCUCCAGUCCACCCUCCGAUACAGCGGUGCGCGCGCAACAGCCCGAGCAGCUCCCGCACGGACACAGCUGGUCGCAAAGCGCUUCGCUAGCAGCGGUGGUCAUGGAGGCCACGGCGAGGCUUCUUCCGAUUUGCCUUGGCUCCUAGCGGCAUUGGUCGUCACUCCCCCAUCAUGCUGGUACCUCUGGCCCGACAACUCCUCGCACGGCGAUCACGGCAGCCAUGGCGAACACCACGCGGAGAAGCACGACGAGAAGGAGGAGGAAGAGCCAGCUGAGGAGGAAGAGCAGGCCUCUGGCGGCGAGGAGGAGGCUGUAGAGGAGGCCGACGAGAAGAAGGAGGACAAGCCUGAGGUCAAGGAAGAGGGCGCCGAGGACAAGGGCGAGGAGAAGUCUGAUGACAAGGAGGAGACGUCGGACGACAAGGAAGGGAAGAAGGAGGAUGGCGAGGAGAAGUCUACCGACGCACCCGGCCGCAACACCAAGGAGCGCACCUUCACUGUGGGCGCUAGCGAGGAGAAGGAUCCGGAGAACGUUGGAGCUUCGACCAGCAGCUCGUCAAAGGGCAUGAAGGUUGGCGAGACCGACGCUCAGGCUCCUGCUGCGAAGCCACGAGGAAAGAGCGAUGGUGACAUGUCCAAGAAGCAGGAGGGCAUGUCCAACACCGACACCAAGUACUCGGUGCCUAUCGACCAAGGCAACGAGAAGUCCAAGAAGGCCGAUGGCCAGCCCGAUACUGCCAAGUCGAAGGGAACUGUCGACCCCAACGCAGAGGGCGUAAAGCCACCAGUUGCACGGGAUUAG